AAAAGCACGCACGACGAAAAGCGCAGACGCUUUUGUCGUGUUCGCCCGUGGCCGCCGAUCGUGUCACCGCUGAUUGUGCGAGAGUAGUGCUAAAGUAGUUUGCGGUACCCGGGGAGAGAGAAAGCCAUGGGGCUCGCGAGGGCGGCCGUCUUCGCCGCCUGUCUCCUCUUCCUGGCGGUCGACGCCUCAGGCAAUAAAUGUACAGUCGGCUGCCAUGGAAUGCACGGAGGUAAAGCCUAUCAAGAAGGACAUACAUAUAUAUACAAUUUGGAAGGAACGUCUGUAACAUCGGUCCCCGAUGCUCAGGGUGAUGCCACCUUGAAACUAGAGGGUACUGUUGAAUUGUCGGUAAAGCCUGAUUGUAUUCGACAGCUCCGAUUGAAGGGCGUAUCAAUCAAUGGAGCCCCAAUAUUGCUGUCAGAUGUUGAAAAGUAUGCGCUACAAUUCAACUAUCACGAUGGCCAUAUCGAUACGGAAGUCUGUACCGAACCCGGUGACUCGCAGGCGUCUCUCAACAUCAAAAGAGCGGUCGCGUCCUUAUUCCAAUCAGCCGUCAUACAAGAAUCUGGCUCUACAACUCAUCAUGAGGUCGACGUACUCGGCGGUUGUCCGACUGACUUCAGUUUUCACAAAGAUGGCGAUUCGUUAGUUAUCCACAAGGAGAGGGAUCUGAUUCGCUGCUCCCAUCGUGAGAGCAUCAGAAAUGGUCCUGUGUCCGCGAUCUACGACGCGAAAUCGGACAUCCAAGCGGCCCCGUUGCUGUCAUCGCACCAAAAGAUCGAGCAACGUUUCAAGCGUGGUAUCCUGAACAAAGCGACCUCGGUCGAAACGUACAAAUUGAAACCCUGGAGCAACGGAGACAUUGGCGCUAAGACAAUCGUGCAGACCACUCUGACGCUGAAGGGCGAGAAGGGUGACAACCCGAACGCCCCAGUUUCCCAGCCGAGAUCCCUGAUCUUCGAAGCGCCGCAUCCCGUUGUCAAAUCGUCGGCCGACAGUAUCGCCACGGCUUUGAAGGCAGUGAGCGCCGAAGAGCAUGACGGCGUGAAACAUGACGCGGCGGAAAAGUUUGCACAGCUCCUCAGAGUCCUUCGUCUCAGCAGCAAGAACGACAUUCUCGCAAUUUACCAGAAAGUUAAAGCCGGCAACGGUUUCGACAAGGUCCUGGACAAGAAGAUUUUCCUGGACGCCCUCUUCCGCACCGGAAGCGGCGAAGCUGCGGAGGUGGUCGUGGACUUAUUAAAGAGUCACGAGCUUACCGGCGUCCAGGCGCUCGUGUUCUACGCGAGUCUCGCUCUCGUCGAUCACGUUAACUUACCGUCAGUGACUGCCGUCACUUCGCUUCUUGAUCAGCCAAACGUACCGCGUCUGGGCUACCUCGGAAUCGGUCAAGUGAUCGGUAAGUACUGCCAGGAGCACACUUGCGAGAACAUAGCCGAAGUCAAGCAGGCCAUCCACAAGAUCCGCGAGAAGGUUGGCAAUGGGAAAGCAAAGACCAGGGAACAGGAAAAUCUCAUAGUCUCGGCUUUAAAGGCGCUAGGUAACACCAAAUAUCUUGACGAUGCCACUCUGCAGAAAUUGGCCGGUAUUGCCGAGGACAAGAACGUCCGCAACCGAGUAAGAGUUGCCGCGGUCGAGACUUUGCCUAAUCGCUGCACCAUGAAGUGGAAAAAUAUCCUUCUGAAGGUUCUGGGCGAUCGCGAAGAGGACAGCGAGAUCAGGAUCAAGUCUUAUCUGUCUUUGGUCGCUUGUCCCUGUCAACAUGUCGCCAGCAGUCUCAAGGAGACUUUAGACAAGGAAACGGUUAAUCAAGUCGGCUCUUUCAUUCAGAGUCAUUUGCGUAAUCUGCGAGCGUCUGCUGAUCCGAGUAAAGCCGAGGCGAAGAGGCAUCUUGGACAGAUCAAAUCACGAACCAAAUUCCCAGAGGACUUCCGCAAAUUUUCGUUCAAUAAUGAAUUGUCGUAUAAUGUAGGUGGUAUUGGAGUCGGUUCCUCCGCGGAAAGUAACGUCAUUUAUAGUCAGAAUAGCUUCGUGCCACGCUCCGUCAAUCUAAACUUGACCACCGAGGUGUUCGGAAGAUCCUUCAACUUCUUAGAGCUCAACACGCGUAUCGAGAAUCUCGAUAGAUUGAUCGAACAUUACUUCGGUCCCAAGGGUCGCUUGACGCAACACGAAGUGGACGACUUGAUAGAUAAGGGAGUAGACAGAGGAACGCAUAUCGCUGAAUACAUCAAAGAGAAGGUCAGCAAGCUGCGUGGCAAGCGUGAAGUUAAGCAGGGAGAACUCGACAAAUUCGCCAAGGGUGUGAAAUUAAGGAACAACGAAGUAGACCAGCAGCUCGACUUCGAUCUGUCCGUCAAGCUGUUUGGCGUCGAACUGGCCUAUCUGACUUACGACGGUAAUCCCGCGGAGUUCACGCCGGAACACAUCAUCGACAAGCUGUUCGACAACCUUGAGGGUGAGAUCAACAAGAUAAAGAAGUUCGAUUACAAUCUGCAGAAUCGCAUGCAGUUCCUCGACGAGGAGAUCGUCUAUCCGACGAAUCUCGGUACGGCCCUCUCUGUCAGCGUGAUCGGUACCAGCGUGGUGCACAUAAAAACAUACGGUAAGAUAGAUAUUCCGGCUAUCCUAAGCAACCCGGAUAACGCCGAUGUACACUUCGGCUUAGAGCCGGCUGCCUCCAUUCGUGUUGCUGGCAGCAUGGUCGUUAAAGGAUUCGAUGUGGAAUCGGGUAUGAAACUCGUCAGUACGUUGCACACUGACACGGCGACCGAUUUCAAGAUAAAACUAUUGGACGGAAAAGGUAUCGACAUAGUCGUUGGCGCGCCGAAGAAAAAAGAGGAAAUAAUAAGCCUUAGUAGCGAGAUCCUCAUGAGUUCUGGAGAUACGUACAAACCUGCAAAAUUCGGCAAGGGUAAGGUAUAUAAAGACUGCUUCGAACAGCUAUCCAGUAUUGUGGGUAUAACAAUUUGCGGCCACGUAGAAUUCCCUUACGACGGCAUGGAAUCGGUGCAGAAAAGAGCAUUCUUUCCCCUGAACGGUCCAUCGAAAUUCAGUCUUACUAACGACAACAUCGAUUUAUCCACUAUCCAUCUGAAAAUCUAUCACGAUAAGUCACCCAAAUCUAGAUCGUUUGAGAUCUUGCUAGAGACACCAAACAGUAAAACCAAGAGACGCGUGUCUCUCACCGGAGAAGUCGCUGUCGAGCCCAACAAGCACGCCAAACUAGCUUUCGAUUCUCCCUUCAAGAAAGCCUCCAUCGAAGCGGUAAUAAAAGAAGAACAACAGGAGCGCUCACUUAUGAUCACCAUGCACAAUGAUAAUCAGGAGUACUACGGGCGCGUCGGUCUCUUGGCCGACGGUUCCAAGUACAAGCCCAUCUUAGAGUACAGAGUACCAGAGCACAUCGAGAAAUUGGCGGCCACCAAAUCCGGUUUGAAACCGUCCAAAGGCGGUCAGCAGUACGAGGUACAAGGUAGCGUUGAAGUGGCCGAUCACGAUGGCGGCAAAAAAUACAUAUUCGACAAAGUGGCUCUCGUCGCGAGCGGUCAGAAGAUCAUCGGUUUCGACGGUUACGUUAACUCUGCGAAAGAGGCCGCAGGUUUGGACAUGAAGGUGAAUUACGGCGAGGAAUCUGUCGCUCUCAAGUUGCAAGCGAAGAAAAAGGAGGAUAAGUACUACUCCAUCAACCUUUCGGCAUUGCCGUCGAAGGACCCGAAUAUCGGAUUCAACAUCCAGUCCGAGCUCCAGAGAGAACCGUAUUCGUACAAGUACAAUCUGAUCUUUAUUCACGGUCCGGAUCAGGAUUCCAAGAUAAACCGUUUCAGCCUCGAACAUCACGCAAUCGCUAAACCGAAUCAGGACGGGUUGAACUUCGUCGUGGGUGGUUCUACCAAGAUCUCAUAUCCCGCCGCGAAGUUGAAAUUGGAGCUCACCGGCAAGGUUAAACCUAAUUCUAUCAAUAGCGAGGUCGAAGUCGCUUAUGAUAAAUUCAAGUUGGGCUCAAAGCUAUCCGCCGAGCAAAACAAGGUUAAACCAGGUGAUUACGAGGUCGAAUUCAAAGGCGAGCUUUUGCAGAACAGCAUCAAAUUCGAGUCCAAGCGUACGGUUAUUGAUCCGCACAAGAGCAAGUACGAGAACAAGCUCGAGCUCGUACCGGGGGGUAAAUAUGAGGCCGAUGCAUUGGUCACGUAUAAUUUCGACAAGAAUAACAAAAACAUAAACUUUGCGGUGGACAGCGACCUGAAGUUGGACAAUAAAAAGGCCAAAGUUAUUGCCAGUUUGAAUGUCGAGCAUCCCAAUAAUGUCCAUUCAGAAGUGAAAGUCAAUGUCAACGACGUCCAAUAUGUCGAUUUCGAUCUGAAGCUGCAGAAACAAGGCGCGAAUCCUCAAGGCAAUUUGAAGUUGCACGUGAAGAAUUAUUUGGACGCCACGGGACAAAUGUCGAUGCAGAACGGCAAAGGUAAAGUGCAGCUCAACAUUAACUUGCCGAAGAUCAAUCGGAAGAUCCAGGGAACCGGCGACUUGACGGUGACCGGCACGCAACAUAACGGCGACUUUGAGCUUCUAUUCGACGCGGAGAAAGACCCGAAAAAACGCAUUAAACUAUCCACCAUGAACGAUAUAAAGAAAAAUGCCAUAGACUCGAAGAACGUGCUCGAGAUAAUGACAUACAAGCUCGAGCUGAAUGGCAAGGGCAAGUUGAAUGGCCCCAUCCACGAUGGCGAGCUGGAAAUCGAAACGGAUGUCACACUGCCAAACGGCCGUUACUUGACUAGUAACUUGAAGCACACGUCCAAGAAGAAUAGCAAUAAUAAGUAUACCGUUCACUUAACUGCCGAAUUAGAAGACCACGAAUCUAAAGGUGGCAAAUCGCAAAAACUCACGUACGUUGAAGAUGUCACGGACUUCGAUUGGAAAACAUACACAGGACAGGGUAAGCUUCAACUGAAGGCCAUCGACUUAAACGGUAACAACGGACAAUUCGAUUUGAAGUUCAAGAAUCUUGUCGACACCGACAGCCACAAGGAAGUGCAAGGGUUCGACUUGAAUCUGUCGGGAUCGCGUAUGCCGCAACCGUUCAAUCUGCAAUAUGAAGAGACCGAAAAUAAUAACGGCGAACUGUCUUACACGUGUGCCUCUUCCUAUGGCAAGAAUCUCCAACUGAAGAGUUCUGGAAACUACGUUCCCGGCAAUGACGUUGACACGCCCUGUAAGAUCAAAGGUAACACGGAGCUGAUAUUGCCGUCGGAGAAGUUGCGUAACGUCAAGCUCGACUUCGACCACGAUCUGCUGAUCCAACCCGAAACGGCCGGUAUUGUUGAUCUCAAGGGAUCGACGGUGCUCACUUACAACGACGACAAAUCUGUCAAGAUCAAGGGCGCCUUCAAGAGCUCUGGAAUUAGCGACGGCGAGCAUCCUUACGAGAGCGACCUGCAACUCGAUCUGGCCAUCCUCAAGACUCCGCCUAUCAGUUUCCACGAUCAAUUCAAGUACGAACCUGACGGCGACAAGGUGACGAUUACCACCAACACGAACGUCAAGUACGACCAGAAGGAGAUAACCCUUGCGCUCAACCCUGUCACAUAUAAUCACGAUUUGACGCACAUUGACGUAAAGGCCAAGGCCACCACCCCAUACGAGAAGCUGCAUAAUAUCGACCUUGAACUCAAGCACGAGAGAGAAAAGGACGGGCAUGUGAGGAAAACCGACGCAGCCUUGACCCUAGACAAUGUGAAGUACACGCUCAAGAGCGAAAUUCAAGGCGGCAUCAUCUCUCCGAUGAUGCACAUAAUUAUGACUUGCCCGGCGGGAAAAACCGAAUUGUUCUCGAAAAUCAACAAACUUGGCGAUCAAGAAUACACAGGCGAAUGGAAGGUCGAGACGCCGAAAGGCUUCGCCAAUGCCGACGCGCACGUCAAUCUGGAGAGCAUCGACAAUUUCGUGAUUAACAUUAAUUUGGACAGCAAUACGAUCAAGCACCGUAAGAUUCACGCCGAAAUCGCCAACAAACCCGCCGUCAAGACCGGCAGGCGGAUAAUCAUCACCGUCACCAGCGACGGCAAAAACAUCGUGACUGGAAGCACAAACUACAAGAAACGCGACGAGGCGGGUAAAAUCACCAUCGAGGGAAGCGGCAAUCUCAAGAUAGGUGAGGACACAAGAAGCUCCUCCUUCAAGUAUACUCGCCAGCAAUUGACUCGCGAGAAGGAUGGCGAAUCCGGCGUGGUAAUCGUCCUGAACGCCAAGUUCGAUCCGGCGGCUAUCGUGGGCGAGCUGAAGCUCUCGAACAAAGAGGUCCUCGUUUUCAACAGCUACUGCGAGCAGAGCAAGGAUUGCGCUCAUUUCAAGCUUCAAUCGAGCUACGACACCGACAACAAGAAUUACUUGAAUCAUGAAUUAACGGUAGAAGUAGACUUAAAGAAAUUCAACGUGCCAGCUGAAUUUGGAUUGAAAACGAGCACCGAAGUCAAAGAAUCCAAACUCGAUCACUCUGCCAACUUGUACUUACACUCGUCGAAGGAUAAGUCCCAGUAUGCCUACAAAGUCUACAUUCAUCCUAAGGAAAGCGCUGCCAUUCUGACUUUACCUAAUCGUGAACUCGCUGUCAUUGGUACAUUCGACUUGCCGAAGACAAAGCAAACCGGAGCAUUCAAGGUCGAUGUUUCCGUUUAUUUGGACAGGAAGAACAAGCCAUCCGAUAAGACUGGUCUAGCCGCCACCGGUGACAUUAAUAUCGAGAAGAACAGCGGAUCUGUCAGCGGAGAAGUCAAAUUCAUAUAUCCGUCUCAGCCAAAGGAUAUGGCAGUGAAAGGUAAAAUUCACUACGGCGGCGAACACCUGCUUGACGCGAACGUGGAUAUCGAUGUUUUUGCCAAGAAAACGCAGAAGAUCAACGUGGUGGCAAAAUUGAACCGACAGAAUAUCGAGAAGGGUCACAAUAUCACCAGCCUGAUCGAAGUGAACAGCCGUGGGCAACAACUUAAAGUCGAUCUGAAAUCGCACUUGGCGAUCUCGGAUACCAAAUUCGGUUUCGGCAGCAUGCUGUCGUACACGGACGUGCAUCAGAAGCCGAAGAGCGUGGGCGUUCUGUUCGCUGCGGAUCCCACGGAAGUAUAUCUUAUUAUGACCUCGCCUAACAAGGAGCUCCUUAGAGUCGACACAAAAAUGCAAUUUACGAAAAAUCUGCAGAAGUUUGAUACGGAAGUCGCGAUUGUGGGUAACAAACCUAUCGUAUCUAGCUUCGAAGCGCAUGAUUGGAACAGCUUCACUUAUUCGGAAUACCUGAAAGAUAAUCCCAACACGAAGCUUGUCGUCAACGGACGUGUUGUGCUCGGACAACUGGCCGAGAUUCAUGCCGACGCUUUCAAGGAUGGAACGAAAAAGGAUUUGUUCCACGCUUUGAUCCACCUUGAUGAAGAGAAAUUCCUGAAACCUGACUUCGGCUACAACAAGGACAACGUUGUCUACACGGUCGAACGUUAUCGAAGCCAUGGCAUCGAGCUGCUGAAACAGUUUAAGGACGUCACCAACGAGAUCGUCAACGAAGUAGAACAAGAAUUGAAAGAUCUUGUGGAACAUUUGAAGAAGGCCCAACCGAACAUCAAGCCGCUCUUGGAGUAUUACGAGGCCGAACUGAACAAGCUGAAAAAUGAGCUCCAUGCUGAUCAGACCAUCAAAGACAUACAGACUACCUUGAACAAAUACUUCGGAGCUGUUAUCACGGCCGUAGCGGAUACUAUGAAGCAAAUAACCGUGCGAUUAAACGAACUUCAAAAAGAGUACGUUGAGGUAGUCCAUAAGAUCGAAGAGGCAUGGAAUACGGUUUAUCCUCAACUUAAAGAAUCCUACAACAAGAUAGCCCAUGCGUACAUCAAUUUCAUCGAUAGCGUCGCCAACGUAUCUAUGGCCUAUCUCAAGACGAUACUCACCCUGAUUAAUGAACAUCAGAAGGAGCUGAAGGAAUUAGCGGCCUUGGCUUCGGAGCUCGCUCAGGACGUUGCCAAGAUCGUGUUCAAAGCCGUCGCUCAAAUCAGGAAAGACGUCGAGGAGUUCGCCGUCUUGUUGAAGAAUCAAAUGAAAGCGUUACCGGUCUUCGACAUGGCCAAGGAGCAGUAUCAGGACCUUGUGAACCUUAGAAUUCCGGAAACCGUAUUGGCCUCCAUUCACGAACUCAGCGAGGUCAUAAAGGCCAUGCUACCGACUGAGGAACUUCGACAGUUCUUCUCUGCUGCUUAUGAAUACAUCAUGAAGCACGUCAAACAGGAGAAAGUCGAUAAUACCAGCGAGAUCAGGAAGAUCUAUAAUCUUGCGGUCGACGCCAUUGUGUCUCUCACCUACCUUGUGGACAAAGGCUCCUUGGACGAACUGAUAAACGAAUUGUUCGACGCUAAUCUCCCCGUUGAGUUUGCAACGUUAUCGAAAUUGCCAGUGAUCACCUCGGUAAAAAUGUCUAUCAUCAAUUUGUUACGCAAUAACGAAUUACCAUCGCCCUCGGAUCUCUACUACACCUACAGGCCAACUCUGCAGUAUUCCGACAUUAUACCUCCCUUCAGCAAAUUCGGCAUAGUCGUCGACGGUGGGCAUAUCUUUACAUUCGACGGCAAUCAUCUCAGUAUGCCCGGCGAUUGCACUUACAUAUUGGCCCAGGACAUGCAGGACGGCAAUUUCUCCGUCGUCGCCAACUUUAACAAAGGAAAUCUCGUUAGCGUGACCGUUACGGAGCCUAAAGAGAGCAUCACACUGAAGAACAAUGGCAACGUCCUGGUGAACAACAAGCCGGCCGAUUUCCCAGCUCACACGAAGAAUCUGCACGCGUUCCUCGUCAAGUCGACUAUGAACGUCAAGUCCGACUACGGCGUGCACGUCCUGUGCAGUUAUAAACAUCCUAUGCUUUGCACGGUCCGCGUGUCCGGCUUUUAUCACGGAAAAUUACGCGGUCUUCUCGGUGAUGGCAACAACGAGUAUUACGACGACUACACGUUGCCGUCCGGAAAGAUUACCGAGAGCGAGACUGAAUUUGCUAACGGAUACAAACUGAAGCCCGAUUGCGCGGCUGUGAACGCGAUCGAUCACAAGACGAAGCAACGUAAUCCAGUCUGCACAGACUACUUCUCCGGCCAGAAGUCUACGUUGAAAAACUGCUUCAACUACGUUAAUCCGACUCAUUACCGAGACGCUUGCGACGCUGCGGCUAACGGAAAUCCGCAAGCUCCUUGCUUGCUCGCCACCGCUUAUUACGCUACUUGCUAUUAUAAGCGUGUUUUCGGAAUAAGCAUUCCAUCCACUUGCACAAACUGCAAAGUUGGCGAUAAGACAAUUGACAUUGGCGAUACCUUCAGCGUCAAAGCCCCGAAGAAUCAAGCCGACAUUGUCAUAGCAGUCGAACAAGUUGAGGAAAAUGAGAAAGUUUUCAAAGAUCUGAUCCCGACAUUGAUAACUGAUCUAAGAGAGGAACUGAAACAGCACGGCGUAACGGACGUUCACAUCGGCUUAAUCGGUUUCGCCGAGCACAUGAAGUGGCCACAACACUACACCACCAACGGCAACACUAACAUCGAAGGCGAUGUGAAGAAUAUGAAAUUCGAGAAGUCAACAGAGCCUAUUCUUUCUCUCGAGGAGGCCAAGAAGGGCAAUUCCGAGAAGCAGCUGAAAUACCUGGAGCAAAGACUGCAACUGGAGCUUGGCACUUUCAAGUUGACCGACGCUUACCAGGAAGCCAUUAACUAUCCGUUCAGACCUGGCGCGGUUAAGGCUGCGGUCACAGUCUUGGCUAUGCCAUGCGAGAAGAGUCCGUGGCCGCUAUCGCUUCAACAAUUGAGGCUUAUACUCGCACUGAAGGCGUACCGAGAUUUGGGAAUGAACUACUAUCACGUGUACAAUACCAAAGACAUUCAGGUCUCUGGCAAAGUGCAAAAGAACAUCGUUGGCUACGAUAGCGACAGUGUAUACGUAUUCGGCGACAACAAGAAGAGGCCAUUGACCGGAAACACUGACCUCAAAAACAACAUGGUCCUCCCUGUGGUUGACGUGUGUGCCGACUUUGCUGUCGCGUCUGGCGGAGCGGCGUUCAGUUCCAACAACUUGGUGGACGCUAAACCGAAUCAGAAGAGGCAAUUCGCUCAGGUUAUCGCUAGAAAGAUCGCCGAGGACAUCACGAGUAUCGAAAUCGAACAGGAUUGCGUGUGCAACCAAGUACACGGAUUACUUGGACAGUCUCGCUGUAAGAUCGUAGGACACAAGGAGAAAGAGCAACUUGCGAGACACACGAAAGGAGGAGUGAAGGGUUGAAGGAGCCACAGUACUACGCAUACUAUUAUUACUAAUUAAUUUAGAUAUAAUCUAUUUGUUACUUUGUUACAAUAAUCGUAAAAGUCUUUUUGAUAGAGAUAAGUGAUAUAAUUGCGUCAUUCGGUCGGUAAUAUCGCCGAUUUUCCACAGAUCAAAUAAAAUUCAAGACUCAAAAAUUGUGCCUCAACGAUAAACUUCCUUCGUUUUCUAGAUCUAAUGUUAAAAUUAAUGUGAAUGCAAUAAAUUGAUGUGCCAUUUAUCGAUGUACAACCAGCGAUAUUUUACAGAGAGAAAUAAACAUUGAACACAUACCGUUUGUGUGUACUGAAAA